CACAUCAUCCUCCUCUCAGCAGCAGCUCGACCCUUCUCGGUGAAAGUGAACUGAAUAGACAGAGGACAGACAGAGAGAAGAAACCGAAACGUACAGAGGAACGAUUCUCAUAUGCUUGCUUUUGGUCGUGCGCUUGGACUAGAGAGAAGCUAGAUGACAUCCUAUCCGACGUUGUUACAAUUGUAGCGUCGAUAAGCUAGCUAUUCAUUGUUUAUGUCAAGGUUAUAAACUGUAACACAUUGAGGUUUCAAGAACUCUUGGAAAAUGCUACAAUGUCUAACUAGCAAUUCAUGUGUGCGGUUGUUACAAAGUCACAAAUCGACAUGGUAUUUUUUGUUUCUAGUAUUGGGAUAUAUUCUUUAUCUUAUAUUCGGAGCUGUUGUCUUUUCAUCGGUGGAACUGCCUUAUGAAGACCGGCUAAGACAGGAGCUCCGAACCAUCAAAAAACAGUUCCUCCAAGAUAACGAAUGUCUGUCGGAAGAACGCCUUGAGGAGUUUUUGGAGAAAGCGCUCGAGGCCAGUAACUAUGGAGUGUCCAUUCUCAAUAACGCAUCGGCAAAUUGGAAUUGGGACUUCACCUCCUCGCUCUUUUUUUCCAGUACUGUAUUGUCUACCACAGGAUACGGCCACACCGCUCCGCUGUCUGACGGUGGCAAAGCUUUCUGUAUCGUCUACUCUGUGCUCGGCAUCCCCUUCACCCUCCUCUUCCUCACCGCCGUGGUCCAACGUAUCAUGAUCUUCAGCACCCGCCGGCCCGUCAUGUACGUGUCCACCCGCUGGGGCCUGUCCAAACCUCUGGUAGCCAUGGUCCACGCCACGCUCCUCGCCAUCCUGGCUGCUUCCUGUUUCUUCCUCAUCCCGGCGGCCAUCUUCUCCUCCCUAGAGGAGAACUGGAACUUCCUGGAGAGUUUCUACUUCUGUUUUAUAUCUCUCAGUACCAUCGGACUGGGAGAUUACGUACCAGGAGAGUCCUUCAACCAGAGGUUCAGACAGCUCUAUAAAGUGGGCAUCACUGUCUACCUCCUCCUGGGCCUGGUCGUGAUGCUGGUGGUCCUGGAGACGUUCUGUGAGCUGCAGCAGCUGAAGACCCUGAGGAAGAUGUUCUAUCUGAAGAAGGAGAAACCACAGGACCACUUGGCGAUACUGGAGCACGACCAUCUGGCCUUCACCUCCGUGUCCCACCGGAACAACUCCACCUCGCUCAGGGAGGACAAUACCUUCGUUAGUGUCCCCGAGCUGGCCUCGCCCGGCGGGGACGACCCCAUGAUCGGCUAGAAGGGGGGUGGGGAUAGUUAAAAUGUUGGGGUGAAACUAGGGAAGAAACUAGGGAAGGACAAGGAGAGUA